CAAACAAUUUUCUGAAGUCAUCGAAUAAAAGCAAGGCUGGUACUAUCACGUACAAUUUGAAUAAACGAAUUCAUGUCGUAACAUCGCGUUCACCUGGAACUUCAAACAAUCAACUGAGGAGUAAUUAAAAUAAAUUUAACUAGUAACUUGUUUCACCACUUAGUGAGUGCUGACAGUGAGUUUAUUGUUUAUAUAUGAUUCUUGGGUCAAGCGGAAAGUGGAGAUAGGCUGUAGUGAAACAAGCAUGUAGAGCGAAAAAUAUUACCAAGGUUGACAUGGAUUCUCCAGUUGUGGAAAUUACUGAAGGAAAAUUAGAAGGAUCCACCAGAACUAACAUAGAUGGGGAAACUUUUUUGGCAUUUCUUGGGAUUCCAUACGGAAAGCCUCCAGUGGGGGAACUUAGAUUCAAGGCUCCACAUCCUGUCCAACCGUGGAUGGGGAUCAGAAAAGCCACCGAAGCAGGGAACAUCUGUUGCCAAAUAGGGUCCAAACCAGGGACAACCAAAGGAGUUGAAGAUUGUUUGAACCUCAACGUCUUCACAAGGGAGCUUUUCGAUAAGGAGAAGGAACUGAAACCCGUGAUGGUAUGGAUCCACGGAGGGGCCUUCGUCACGGGAUCCAACGAUCCCGAUAUGUUUGGGCCAGAUUUCCUGUUAACAAAGGAUAUCGUCUUGGUAGUUGUCAAUUACCGCCUGGGGUUAUUGGGAUUUUUGAAACUAGAAGAUACUUCGUUGGACGUUCCUGGGAAUGCUGGACUCAAGGACCAAACACUGGCUUUGAAAUGGGUCCAGAGGAACAUAAAGCACUUCGGUGGUGAUCCUGAUAACGUGACUCUCUUCGGAAACAGUGCUGGAAGCUGUUCUGUACAUUUUCAUUUGCUAUCUCAAUGUGACGAAGGUCUUUUCCACAAGGUGAUUCUGCAGAGUGGGGUUGCACUGAAUCAUUGGUCUCUCGGAGCCGGUCAGCAGGUCUUUGAUUUCAUUGAAUCAAUGGGAAAAAAAGCAAACACUGAGAAAGAGGUUCUGGAAAUUUUGAACAGUCUGCCGGUUGAAGAAGUUGUUUUCGAGCAAGUGAAAUAUUUCUACGGAAAACUGAAAAUGAUCGCUCCAGUGCUAGAAAAACCUAAUCCCACUGCAAUCAUCACGACCCACCCCGAAGAACUGAUUACUUCUGGAAAUUACCAUAAGAUGCCAAUUAUGAUUGGAUACAAUUCUGGCGAAGGCCUGCUGUUUGGAGAACAAAAGACCUUCUGCAUUCUCGCAAGAAGACUUCUGAGUGGAAACAAUCUACGCACGAAUGUGGAAAGUCUUUUAUCAUACUUUCUGAGUGUUGAUAUGAACAACCCAACUUUGGGAACGAUGAGUAAAAAGUUAACGGAUUUUUAUUUCCGGAUGGGUGAUAUCACCGAAGUAUUCCAGUUCAUUACAGAUUUCUAUUUCGUCUAUGGGAUCACUAAAUGUGCGAAAAUGCAUGCAAGAAGUCAGGAACAUCCAGUUUAUUUAUAUCGAAUGUCGCUAGAUGCCGGCCUGAAUUAUUUGAAGAAGAAGAACAAACUAGAUCAUUUACCUGGUGCUUCUCAUGCAGACGAAGUGGGGUAUCUUUUCAAAGUGAAAAAUUGUAUGGAGCUUGAAAAAAAUGGAUUAGAGGAGGUCUCAGUACGAAGAUUUGUAAAACUAUGGACGGAUUUCGCCAAAUAUGGAAACCCAACUCCGGAUGGAAAUGACUUGAACAUUCUUUGGAAUCCAGUAGAGAAAGACGAAAUGCAUAUCUUGGAUAUUGGGGAGGAACUCAACAUGCAUAUUGAUCCAGAAAGAGAUAGACUGAAAGUGUGGAAUGAACUUUUUGAAAUGUAUUCACCAACGUUCUCCGAACCCCAAUGAGAUUUUUUAGUUUUAUAUAAUUUGUUAAUUUGUCAUUGUUUGGGAACUUUCUUCAUUAGUUUUCCAAAUGGUAAUAUUCACGGGAAUGAUAUUGAUUAUAUUUAUGAUUUGAAAUUCAA